UAAUUGAUAUACACAUUUAAUUAAGAAAAACAAAAAAAAUUUCAUAAAAAAAUAAUUAUUUCAAGAGAAAUUGAGUAGCAAGAUUUGUAAAAUAAAAUUAUUGAGUUUCAUAUUACACACUCGAGAGAUUUUUCAAACAAUCGCCGUUAUUUCGAUAUCUAAGUUACACGUAUUUAUAUAAUGUAUAAAAUAUGAUUGCAUUCAUUUCGUUAUGUAUGUGAGAAAAAAUUUAAUGUAAUAAAAUAUUUUAAACGAAUAUUAAAAUGAACAUAUUCAUGGUACUAGUUUUUUCUGUUUCAAUAUUUACAAUCACAGUGAAUGCAAAUUAUUCUUUAGCACAAGAUUUAGUCAAUUUCAAUACAAUUGACGCCAUAGAUUCACUCAGGAAAUGCUUUGGAAAGGAAAAUAAAGAAUACAUAAAUGUGGUAAACAAAAACAAUCAAGAUAGAUUUUAUAAUAAGAUGAACAAUAUUUGUAAACAUUUUUGCUUGUCUCAUAAACAAAUCGUAUCUGAAUACAAACUAGUUGAAGAUUUCCUUUGUGACAUUAUUGAUGAAUCUUGUAAAAAAACUGUCAGAGAAUGUAUUAAACGAUUUCACGAUCAUUUGUUUGAUGUUGAUAUUGAGAAAGGAAGCAAUGAAAUUUGGGGACACAUGAGUAAAUCUCAAAGAGAAUUGAUAAAAGAUAUCACAUUGAAAAUAAAAUGCGAUUUCAGGAACGAUGAAAAAUCUUUGAAAAAAAAUUUAAUUUCAUUACAAAAGUAUUUAAGAACCUUAUUAUCUCAAGAAGACAGUAUACAUCAAUAAAAAUGUAAAAUAUACAUAUAGUGUAAUUUUUUUAGAGUGAUUUUACUUGGAAAUACUCAAUUAAAUUUCAAAAGAAGAAAAAAAUUCCGUAUAUAAAAAUAUACAUGA